AAACAGAUGAUUGAGAAGUUACAAACAUUAGUUUCCUCUGAAGGAAGAUUUAAAAAUAUGAGAGAUGCAUUACACAGAUGUGAUCCACCAUGUAUACCAUAUCUAGGAAUGUAUUUAACAGAUUUAUCAUUUAUAGAAGAAGGCACACCAAAUUUUACUGAUGAAGGCUUGGUCAAUUUCUCUAAAAUGCGAAUGAUUGCUCAUGUUAUAAGAGAAAUUCGUUUAUUUCAACAAACAUCAUAUCGUAUUGAACACCAUCCAAGGGUAACGAGUUAUUUAUUAGAUCCCAGUCGACUGCUGGAUGAGGAGCAGACGUAUAAACAUUCACUAGAAAUCGAACCAAAGCAAUCACGUCUUUCUGUUGUUUCUGCACCAUCUUGAAAUUGGCAACCAUUUUAGUUUUACAAUUACAUCUUGCCAUCUGACUCAGAUUGACAUGUAGGUCAAGAUUGGGUUGGAUAUUGUGGCUGGUGGCAGCCAUCUUAGUGUAUGUUGUAUUGGACAAUGACUGUGAAGUGCUAGGCUCCUUAAAAUUUAAAUUUAAGGUCCAAUUUUCAUAGGGCAUCCAAGUUAUUUCAUCUAGGUUUGAAAGUUGUUAUAAGCCUCUUGGAAUGGGUUAUAGUCCUAGUCAGUUUUAAAUGACAUUCCUAUAACUUGUUUCAAACAAGUGGGUUAUAGUCAGUUUUAAAUGACAUUCCUAUAGCUUGUUUCAAACAAGCGGGUUAUAGUCAGUUUUAAAUGACAUUCCUAUAGCUUAUUUCAAACAAGUGGGUUAUAGUCAGUUUUGAAUGACAUCCCUAUAGCAUGUUUCAAACAAGUGGACGACAUGCAACUGUGAUAUGAAGUAUACAGGAUAGGAAAAUGGGUUGUGAUUGUUCAAAAAUUGUUGUG